CAGACGACACCAGCCUUUCAGACACGCGUCAGAUUUCAACAUGGAUUGUCGUCACUGUUUGUUUCUGCUCUUUGUGUGCGCAGUGGUCUACACCCAAGGUUCUCAAGGUAUUACACGCCAGCACCAACUGUUGAUGACGCAGCUUCAGAAGAUGGAUGAGAAGUUGGACCUUCUUGUUGACACGGUGAAGGAUUUCAAGUCUGACUUGAAACAAAAUGGCAAAGGGAACCCACAAAACCAAACGGAGAAAUCGGACGAACCAGUGGCUUAUGAGGGGGAAUAUGAUGAAGAGGAAUAUGACGAAGAAGACGAGUCUGAUGAAGAAAAGCCAGACAUUCCAACAGAAUCUAAUGAAUGGGGAACGAGUAAUGCGGGCGCCAUUGCAAUUGCUGAGGAAAAGAAAAAGCAAGAACUACAAAAAAAGAAAACUCAAGAGUUCCUGAAUAGGUUCUUGGGUGGAUCCCCCCGGAAUGGUGAAGGCAACAGGGGUCUGCUCUUCGGGUAGCCGAAAGGUCAUCAGAAUAAAGCCUGACCUAGUCAGAAAACACCAAAAGGACGUCUCCAGAGAAACACUGUCUGUACCGAUAAGUCAAUAAACAAAUGAUGCAAUGA